AUGAAGACUGCUAUCCUUCUUUCCCUGGUUAUCCCCAGUGCGCUUGGAAGCACGAUAUACUUCGCCGGUGAUUCAACCAUGGCGAAUGGUGGAGGUGGGACCGGCACAAAUGGAUGGGCUGAAUAUGUGUCACCGUUUACUACGUGGACAAUCUCGAACCAGGCAAUCGCAGGCCGCAGCGCACGAUCAUAUACCCGUGAAGGCCGAUUCGCAACCAUCGCCAGCGAGGUCCAAUCUGGUGAUUGGGUAGUCAUCGAAUUCGGGCAUAACGAUGGUGGGUCCCUUACACCGACGGACAAUGGCCGCACCGAUUGUUCUGGGACAGGAGAUGAAACCUGCGCUACCGUGUAUGAUGGGGUAAAUGAGACCGUCUUGACGUUUCCCGCGUACUUGGAGAAUGCAGCGAAUACCCUCACGGCGCUUGGGGCGAAGGUGCUGAUUUCCAGUCAGACUCCUGAUAAUCCGUGGGAGACCGGCUCUUUUGUUUAUACGCCAUCGCGUUUCGUGGAGUAUGCGGAGUUGGCAGCGGAGGUGGCAGGCGUGGCGUACGUUGACCACGGAGCCUAUGUUGCAAGUAUCUUUGAGUCUCUUGGAUCGGAUGUUGUCAAUGGCUAUUAUCCUCUUGACCAUACCCAUACUAGCCCUGCAGGGGCCUUGGUGGUCGCUGAGGCAUUUUUUAAGGGUGUAGUUUGUGGGGGUAUUGCACUGGAGAGUGUUCUGAACACUACUGUCUUCCCUGGGGAUUGUCUGUAA